GAUUUCAUCUAUAAAAGUCCAGUAGCAAGCGCUGGGCAACUAUGUCCACAGGAACCCAGCACUUUUGGGGAAUAUACUGACAAGUGAAAAGCUAUCCAAAGAUGAUGCAUCUGAAAACUGCAGCAAUCAUCUUAAUCUGUUCAGUCCUACUUCUUCAGACACACGCUGCCUCAUUGUAUCCACAAAACUCUCAGCUAGUACGGCAGAGGAGAAUGACACCUUUCUGGAGAGGAAUCUCAAGACCAAUUGGGGCCUCAUGCAGGGAUAACAGUGAAUGCUCCACAAAAUUAUGCAGGAGCAAACACUGUUCUUUAAGAACAUCUCAGGAAUGAUUCUUCACUGAGAACCUGCUGCUGUUACCUUCAACAAUGCUCCUCCCUGUUUAUUUAUUAUCACCCCAUCUAACACCAUUUGUCAGAGCUUUCAAAGCUUUUAACAGUUCAGUUUUAUGGGUGCAAAGGACUUCAACAUGCCAGAAGUACAUGCUAAUUUGUUACAUUUUUCCAUCUUAUUCAAAGGUGGGCCUUUAGCCAAGCUACAGUAGCUUACAUUGAUUGUGCUUUUUAUAUUGUUUGUAUUUCAUGUUUUUUCUAUGCAAGAUAUUAAAACUCUGUUAAACAAA